GCAAAGGUUUUCCGAGGACUUCCCCCCAUUACGCCAUAAUCUACUGUGGCGACUUUAUGGCAAAUUAAAUAUUCAAGCUCAUGUAGUACCGACACUGAUGUAAACGGAUCACUUAGUUCAACAAGUGCUUGGGUUUAUGUAUUUUAUUUUUGCGCAUUUUUUCGGUACACUAAGGUAAAUAUGUCAGUGGUGCCAUCCGUUUGUAUGAAAAUGCCUAGUGAACAUGCGGAAAAGUAGUUCUGCGAACAUUGACUGCAAAGAAAGCAGUGAUGUCCACCACAAAACCUGAAUUGAUACUUAUAUUUAGUGGUAAACGUAAAUCCGGAAAGGACUAUGUAACCGACAGAAUUCAGGAAAGGCUGGGUGCUAAUGUAUGUUGCAUCCUGCGUCUCUCUGGGCCCCUGAAAGAACAAUAUGCAAAGGAUCAUGGGUUGGACUACAGUGAGCUGCUGGGAGCUGGUCAGUAUAAGGAAAAGUACAGAGCCGACAUGAUUCGGUGGGGGGAGAGGAAGAGGGAGGAGGAUCAUGGGUUCUUCUGCCGGUUGGCCAUCAGACAGGCCAAACAGCCUGUGUGGAUUAUCAGUGAUGCUCGGCGCUUGUCAGACCUGCAGUGGUUCUGGAGGGAGUUUCCUCAGCAGUGUCGCUGUGUGCGUGUGGAGGCCUCAGAGCAAACCAGAUUACAGAGGGGGUGGAUGUUCUCCCCAGGUGACCCAAUUCCAACCAAGUGCACAUGCCCAAUCCGUAUAGAUGAUGCAGAGUCUGAAUGUGGUCUUGAUCAGGGAGUGCAGUUUGACUGGAUAAUUAACAAUGAUGGAGAUGCUGGCCUUCUGGAGGAGCAGCUGAAAGAACUGUUUGUGCUGGCUGAGGACAAAUCUGGAGACAAUGCUGGACAAAGAACUCUGACAAUUAGUGGUUGAAAAUGUUAAUGAUAGUUUCACAGUAUAUUUUUACCGAUAGAAAAUACAAUAAAUGUUCUUUUAAUAUUAA